UUCAGUGAAGUACUAUAUAAACAGCAGGUGAGGUACCACUUGGUAUUACUUGUUAUUUUUCCUUGGUUGUUAACAUUGUCUCAUAUACAAUGAAAAAUAUUGUUUGUAACGUUUUACUUCUCGCAUUGUACCUUGGUUUCUUCGUUCACGACGGAGAAACUUUUGUAUUGCCGGGAUUUGAACCAACUGUUAAGCCAGUAAUUGGCAAAUUUAUACAUAGUGAAAGUCCUCAUUGGGAUGUUUUUUCGCAAACACUCUCUUUUGUUGAUGUAACAGCACAAAAAGUAUGUACAUAUCAUACUGUAAUGAAAGAACUUAUCUGCGCAGUUGUAGAAAAUGGACCAGUCGGAUUUGCUGUUCCUGUUAGAAACCAACCUGGCAAGUUUAUAGCUGGUAGUGCUAAUGAUAUCGUUCUAGUUCAUAUGCCUAAUGAAGCAGGUACCACAAAAAUAAAUACUAGAACACUUAUUGCUGUUGAUGUAAAAGCCAAUGGUACUAGGUGGAAUGACGCAAAAGCAGAUUUUUCAGGAAGAUUGUGGGGUGGAAUGAUAGGACCAGAAGUAAAUGGGACUGUCGCUCGUAACGAAGCAGCUUUCUAUCGUAUUGAUUCUGAUUUGUUUAUACAGAAAGAAUUAUCAAAUGUUACUAAUAGCAAUGGACUAGUUUGGAAUCUCCAACAAGAUACAUUAUAUUAUAUCGAUUCUGGUACAGGCUAUGUAGCAGCAUUUGAUUUUGACUCCACCAGUGGAACUAUAUCUAACAAAAGAAUCGUAUUUGAUCUCGCACAAACUGACUACUCUGGAAUACUUGAUGGUAUGACUAUAGAUACAAAUGAAAAUCUAUGGAUAGCUUUAUACAAUGGAGGUGGUGUACUCAAUGUUGAUUCUCAAACUGGUGAAGUUAUACAAUUUGUGACACUUCCUGUAUCAAAAGUAACUAGUUGCACGUUUGGAGGACUUUUCUUAGAUACGUUGUACGUAACAACAAGCAGCCGUGAUUUAAGUGAAGAGGAACUUGAAGAUCAACCACUUGCUGGUUUUGUUCUUUCUGUAGAAAACUUAGGAGUACAUGGUGUUCUUCCAAAUUCAUUCAAUCUAUAAAUAAUUUUUUCAUACUGAAUGUCCUUAUGCAUAAUCAUUGUGCACAAAUAAUAUAAAAAAAAAGAAAGCAAUAAAGAAAAUUAAAUAAAA